AUGUCAGCGCUGAACCUCCACCUCAAGCCAGACGGAGACGAUCCGCACGAAGUCCACGGAGACUUCACCAUCUGGAAAGCCUUCCAGGUCCUCAACGAAUACCUCGACCCCACAGCCGACGCCUCGCACUCGCUCGAUGAAGCCUUCGCGCUCCUCUACGCCAUGCUCCCCAAGAAGACCAUAAAAUCGUCACACGCAGAGGACGGCAUGUUCGUGCUUAUCUGGGACAUCGCAGAGCAAAUCCCCUACUCGCACCCGGCUCAGGAAAAGCUCCUAGCGCUGUACCAACGCCUUGCGGAAUCCGACAAGAUCGUUCAUCCCGAGGAUCCAACCGAGACCCUUGAGGGGACGCAGGAAUUUGCGCACAGCAGCACCCUGCUCUGGGCCUUCGAGGACAAAUCCGAAGCCCAAGGCGUCGUCAACGCCUGCGCCUUCUACGCGCGCCUCGAAGCAGCCGGCCUGACCAGCCUCGCGAUUAGCAGAAUCUACGCGUUCCAGGACUACCUCGAGAACAAGCCGCUGGCAAAGGAUGUCGAGUUCCCGCAGGAUGCGAACUACACGAUCGCCGUGUGUGCGAUGUGGGUCCUGUACGACGGCGACGCGUUCUUCAGACUUCUGACGGCGCCGGAUAAUCGCGAGGCUCUUGAGAGAUUGAGGGCCGGCACUCGGGCCCUUGUUAAGCUGGAGGACUGGGACAAGUGGCAGCGGGCUUUUGCGCUUCGGGCGGAGACAGCUGUUUUUAGUGAGGAGGCGAGGGACUUGGCGAGGAGGGCUGCGGAGCAUAUGGCGGCGCUUGCGAGCGAGUAUCAGAAGGGUGGAGGGUUGGAGAGUGCGAGCGGUAGUGCGGCGGUUGCGAGCGAGGAUCAGAAGGGCGAAGGGUCGGACGUUGCGAGUACUAGUCGGGAUGCUAGAGUGAUGAAGGGUGCGAGUAGAGUGCUAAAGUGGCUUAGGGCUAAACGCACAUGA